UUGUUCUGCAGGUCUUUAUUGUGCUGAAGGAGCACUGCACAAUAAUCUACAGUUCUUGCUGACAGGGAACUCCCCAUUUGCUGUGUAACUUCAGGUGUCACUAUUUUUCAGGAAGUGAGGUGCCGUCAUAAAGUGAUCCAGUAUAAUGGGUCCUCCAUUAAAGCUGCAUGAACUGAUCCAAGAGAUCCGCAGUGCGAAAACACAGAGUGAAGAGCGAGAAGUGAUCCAGCGAGAGUGUGCCGAUAUACGCUCUUCCUUUCGAGAUGAGGACUCAUUGUACAGGGGCCGGAGCCUAGCCAAAUUACUUUAUGUCCAUAUGCUGGGGUAUCCCGCACACUUUGGACAGAUGGAGUGUUUGAAGCUGAUUGCAUCUUCGAAGUUCACUGACAAACGUAUUGGAUACCUUGGUGCAAUGAUGUUAUUGGAUGAGAGGCAGGAUGCUCACUUAUUAAUAACCAAUAGCAUGAAAAGGGAUCUGGAGCAUAGCUCCCCAGUGAUUAAGGGGCUGGCUCUCUGCACUCUGGCCUGUCUGGGAUCAACAGAGAUGUGUCGGGAUCUGGCUGGGGAGGUAGAACAACUACUGCAGAACUCCACUGGUCAUGUUAAGAAAAAGGCAGUAUUAUGUGCUGUGCAUAUCAUCAGGAAGGUUCCAGAAUUGGUGGAAAUGUUUGUUCCAGUGAGUGAGGAGCUGCUAGGAGAAAAGAGGCAUGGUGUGCUUUACGGAGCUGUUCUGCUGGUCACAGAGAUCUGUCAACAACAACCAGAGGCUUGCAAACGUUUCUGCAAGCUCCUCCCGCUACUCCUGCAGAAACUCAAACAGAUUAUGUCUGGUUAUUCUCCAGAUCAUGUAGUGUCUGGUGUUACUGAUCCUUUCUUACAGGUUCGCCUUCUGCAUCUUCUAAAGAUUUUGGGACAAAAUGAUGAAAGUGUAUGUGAUGCAAUGAGUGAUCUGCUAGCUCAGGUAUCUACUUGCACAGAUACACAGUCUAAUGCUGGGAAUUCUGUAUUAUAUGAAACUGUGCUUACAAUAGUGGAUACCAAAUCUGCAAGUGGUUUGCGGGUUCUUGCUGUUAACAUCCUGGGACGGUUUUUACUCAGUAAUGAUAAAAACAUCAGAUAUGUUGCUCUUACAUCUCUGAAUCGGUUGGUACAGUCAGACUAUGCGGCUGUUCAGAGACAUCGAGGCACUAUUGUGGAAUGUCUCAGACAAACAGAUAGUUCCUUAAACAAAAAAGCACUGGAGUUGUGCUUUGCACUAGUGAAUGAAACAAAUAUUCUACCAAUGAUGAAGGAGAUUCAGCGAUUCCUGCAGACUUGCCCUCUGGAGCUAAAACAGCAAUGCACAUCAGGGAUAUUCCUGUGUGCAGAGAGGUAUUCUCCAUCAACACGAUGGCAUAUUGAUACUAUAAUGGGGACACUGGUCACAGCUGGUGAAAGUGUCCGUGAUGACACAGUCUCACAACUUAUUCACUUGAUCAGUGGAGCCUCAGAGCUACAUGGUUACAUUGUACGCCGACUUUACUUAGCAGUAAGCGAAGACAUUGGGCAGCAACCACUGGUGCAAGUUGCUACUUGGUGCAUUGGGGAAUAUGGAGAGCUUUUGAUAUCUGGAUCAAGUGAAGAGCCAGUAAAGGUAAGUGAAGAUGAUGUUCUGGAUGUCCUGGAGGGUAUCUUGCAAUCCCACAUCUCCUUGCCUAACACACGGGCCUACACUUUGACUGCCAUAAUGAAAUUAAGCACACGGUUUAAACACUGCACGGACCGUAUACGACGGGUGGUUUCUAUCUACAGCAGCUGUCACGAUGUAGAGUUGCAACAGAGAGCAGUGGAAUAUAAUGCCAUGUUUAAGAAAUAUGAUCACAUGAGGUCUGCCAUCUUGGAAAAAAUGCCCCUGCCAGAGAAAUCUACAGAGGAUAAUGAGCAUGCUAUGCCUGAACUUAGUGAAGCUAAAAAGAGCAUACCCAUAGAUAAUUCCCAAAUCAAUUCUAUACAACCAACAAGCCAGGUGACAGACCUCUUGGGGCUUUUGGAAGUGAGCACUGACACAACAAUGAAUCCAUCAUCCACUCCUGUUCCGCCUCUACUUCAGAAUAUCACAAGUGGAAGUAGUUUGCUGGACCUUUUGGAUGAGCCCAUAAAUCAUGCAAUACCAACAUUAGUUGUGUACAGUAAGGAUGGAUUACAAGUAGAAUUUUCAUUUAUGCGCCCUCCCUCAAACCCUGCACUUCUUGUUAUUACUUCAUCUGCCACUAACUCCUCAUCCAGCGACAUCUCUGAUUUUCAGCUGCAAGCAGCUGUGCCAAAGAGCAUCCAAAUUCAGCUGCAAGCUCCAAACGGAUCUUUAGUCCCUGCUUUUGAAGGAGGAUCCGUUACACAAUGUAUCCGAGUUCUGAAUCCCCAGAAGGUGCCCCUUAAGAUGCGUCUUCGGUUUUCAUGUUUGCACAAUGGAAAUACUGUACAGGAAAUGUGUGAAGUCAGCAACUUCCCUUCUGCAACAUGGCAGUGAUAUUGCUCCCUUUAGCUUGUUUAACAUCUAUAUACACACUAUAGACACAGUGUGGAUAAGGCUACCAGAAAAUGAAAGACAGUGAGCUAGGACCGGAUUGAUUAAUAACUGAUGGAGAAUUUAGCGCUGUUAAUUCGAUAUUAGGAAGACUAGAAUAAUUAAGAAUGUUAUAGAUGUAUUAGCCCCAUUGUAGUAUUGCAAAAAUAAUAUUUCACUAGUAAGUGGUACCACUUUAAGAGAUUUAAUUUGCUUUGCAUAAAAAAAAAAAGAUUGCAUCUCACACAAUCUUGGCAUAGCAUCUAAAAUUUUUAAAUAAAAAUGACCUACUACCAUGAUCCAUAUUUGCAAAACAAAACAUUAAAAGUAAAACAAAAGCAGGUUGCUCUGGGAAAAACAUAAUCUGGCCUGAAGGAGACAAACAAGCUGAAAUGACAUCUGGUCACAGAGCAGGGCUGGUGCCACAAUAAAGACCUUGAACUUAAAUAGGAAACAGUGUGACACAGCAACAAAUAUAAAAUAUGCAAAACAUUGCUGGGCUAUCAUUUGUGAUUCCAGUAUUACACUACUAAGCAUGUUACAUUUGCUACAGACGCUACACAUGCUGUUUUUGUCAUUGUAUAUAAAAAACUUUACAUUUGGAGUUCAUUUGUCUGGAGGUUAAAAAGGUUUUUUUAAAUAAAUAUUUCUUUUUUUAUAUCAAGUAUACAUGUUGCUCUACUUUUCCAUAAGUACAAGCAAUUCGCAAUCAUAAUUUGUGUAGCAUCCGAUUUUCAUAAAAACAAAAUUUAUUUGCCUGACCGUGCCAAAUUAAUCACACCAGAUUUAUUUCAGACAGUAAAUGUUUUUAUUAAGUAAAGGUGUAUGUGUUUUAAUGGCAGUAAUCAUUUUUCUGUAGCAACUACAGUACCUCUGUUUCACCUGCUGGUGGUGCUGUCUUACUAAUGCCCUUUUCCUUGCUUGCCAUGACUUUUGCACUAAGGCACUCAAAAUAGAGGGACCAGGAGUCUAAUUAAUAGUAAGAGAAACUAACAGAGAUCUGUCCAGCCACUGUUAACCCUUUUUUCUGCCAAAUAAAUAAAGCUAGCAAUUC